AUGAAUAGUAACAAGCAAUAUAAUAGUCAGGGAUAUUCAAAAGAAGGAAUUAAUCAAACCGAUCGAGCAAUUAAUGGACGAUUUGCUAGACCUGAUAAUGGUUAUAAAAAAUAUUUGUCGAAAAAAUCAACACGAAAAGGUUACAGAGAAACAACAGUCACUCCUUAUCAAAAUUCGAAUAAUUUUCAGAAACCAUUUUCUAUAAAACGUUCACAAUCGAUGACUGAUUUAGCAAAUGAAUGUCAAUUAUUAGAGCACAUUCAUCGUCAACAAUGUUAUGAACCUAUUAAUAAUGGUGUUACAAAUACAAUUCAUGCAUCAAGCAGAACACAAAUAACGGCCGCAAAAGCAACAGGACUAUUGACAAAUUCAGGAUAUGUAUGUCGUAGUGGAAGUUUAAAAAAUUUUAAAAUUCCAACAACCGAAGGUGUAAGACGAAUUUUAUCACGUGAAGAGAUAAAUUUGGCAGAUAACUUCCGGACAAAUAAUGAUUGCGCAAAUUCGGCAAAUAAUAAUUUAAAAUCAUUAGUCUCAUUCGAUCCAAAAAGUAACAUUUUGCUCCGAAUACACAAUCAUAUUGAUGAUGACGAUGAUGUUGAUGAUGAUGGUGAUAGAAAUGAUAAUAAUAUUUAUCAUAUUGAUGUUAUUCAACAACAUCGACAACAGCAACAACAACAACAACAACAACAACAACAACAACAACAAGGAUAUCCGGACAAGUAA